CGCAAAAUCUGAGACAUUCUAGGAAGUUGAAGUGGCGUGUCUAAAAGAAACAACAGAAUCCUAAGCCUUACAUUGACGAGUUCACUGACAGAAGGGUAGAAGUGAAAAGGUUAAGUUCGUGUAGAACUCUUUGUUUUUCUCAAUUAAUUGAGUUGAUAUUAAGGAUAAGUCUCUCUUAAAGACUUGGAUACCAACCAUUUAGUGGUGUCUGGUAAUGUCUAAAUCCACUUGAACUCUCCAUCAUGUCGUGCGUCCACGACCACGUAAAGCUUCUAUACGAUCAACAGUUGUAUUCUAACGUCGUCGCCCUGGGAAGCCUAGUGCUAACAGUGAAUGACCAUGCACUGGAUUCUCCCCUUCUGCCCUCAAGACUACAGUCAUACACUUGCUAUGCAGAGUCUUUAUUUCAAACCGGCCAAUACAGAAAAGCUGAAAGAGUCUACAAAAAAGUUCAGCAGCUGAAAAAAUCUGUAUUAAAGACCAAAUCUGGAUCAUCAUCUGUUCAAACCAACAAAACCCCAUCACAGCCGACAACGCCAACUGAAAGUCAACGAGAAAGCAUGGCUGAUGUUGACAUCAAGUACCAACUGCACCUCUGUCAGGUCCAGCAGAGACAACAUCACACUGCCAUGAAUACUCUGCAGUCUAUACCAGCGAAGCAACGUACAGCUAAAGUUCACAUGGCUCUGGCCAAGUUAUUUCAUGACCAAGGCCACUGCCGAGCUGCGAUUGGGGCUUAUAAAGAAGUUCUGCGGGAAUGUCCUUUAGCACUAGAAGCAGCUGAGGGCUUAUUACAACUGGGAAUGAAAGGUAUUGAAGUUAAUUCACUCAUGAUUGAUGGUAUGUCUUCCAUGAAUUGCCAACUGGAUUGGCUGAACAAUUGGGUUAAAGCUCAUGCCUAUUUGCACAGUCAAGAGUACACCCAAGCAAUCCAAGCUUUCCGUAAUCUUGAUGAGCGUACAUCAUUGAGAGACAAUGUUAACAUUCUUGUGCCCCUUGGAGAGAGUUAUUAUUACUAUGGUGAUAAUGCAAACGCAGCUUUAGUCCUUCAAAGGGCUCAUGCUAUGGAACCUCUCCAAAGGGGUCUGGACAUCCUUAGUUGCAUUCUUGCUAAAGAACGUCAAAUGCGUGAAUUGCAAAGAUUAGUUGCUCCAUUGCAAAUGUCACCCGAAGUUAAUGGUCCUGAGCCAUGGAUUGCUUUAGCUUAUAGCCUUUUUGCUGCUGGAAAGCACACUAAAGCAGCCUAUUUUGCUCAAAAGGCAUGUAUGAUUGCUCCACGACAUGUUGAAGCUCUUCUUCUGAAAGGACAGAUUCUUCUUGAGCUGAAAAAACAUCCCGAGGCUGUUAGUCAUUUUCGAGAUGCUCAACAAAUUUGUUGUCAUCGCUAUGAGCCCCACAAAGGAUUGGUUGAUUGCUAUGUUGCUAUGCUCAGAUUCCGAGAAGCUCUCACUAUUGCAUGCAGUGCUGUAAAGCAACUUGGCCAAACUCCAAGGUCUUUGACUUUGUAUGCAUCUGUCCUCAUGAAAGACCCUGUAAGUGUCCCAAAGGCCAAAACCCUCCUAGAGAAAGCACUGAUGCUUGAUCAAUUAUUUCUUCCUGCUGUUUACCUUUUAGCAGAGCUUUACGAACAGGAAAUGACUUUGGAGCUGGCUAUUGCUCUCUUAGAGAAGCAGGUGGCACUGAGACCCACUUGUAAGCUUCAUCAGAUGCUUGGAGAUCUACUAGCCCGUGUCCAUGAAGAAGAAAAGGCAUUAGACCACUAUGCCAUUGCCCUCAACCUGGAUCCCAAUAACCGAAGGGCACUUGAAGGUAUGCAUCGGAUUGAUAACUCCUCUAGUAAAUUGGACUCCACCUAUUACAUGCCUGUUGGUGAAGAAGAAAAUGCAGACACUACGUAUGAUACUGGUGGAGAUGUAGCGGACUCAGAUAAUGAGAAUGAAGUUGAUGAAAGUGACCCUGAGGCUGUCUGGUCAGAUUUGGACAUUGGAAUGCAUUAAGAGUAGUGACUUUCACUUGAUUAAAUUAAUUGCUAAUGACUGCCAUUCUCCGUAAGACAUGUAAAAUAAUUUGCAACUGUUGUUGCCAGUGAUAAUUACAGUACUUCAAAUAUUAAUUCCAAUAAAGGAUUAAGUAACUAAU